AUUACGCAAGGGGUGGCGACGUGGAAAACAUGGAGGAAAGGAGUAUGUAGAGUAAACUAAAUACUCUCAAAUCACCCUGAGUUUCAAGGGUUUGCGUUUGGAAAUUACACUUAAGGACAAAACCAUCAGUCAGUGUAGAAACCAGUCGCGUCUGAACAGUCCUGGGAAUCCACAGAGGCACAGAAACUACGAGAAGCAUUUAUGACAGGAUUUGGCAUAUGCCUGGUGAAAAAGCAGUGAAGAGUGGUGAGUCUGGCUGAGCGGAGCCAGUAGAGAGAGAUGGGAGCAAACACCAGCCAGGUCAGUGACCUGUCCGACAACCCCAGCCUCAAGGCCCUGGUGGGAACCGAAUCCAUAUCGGAGAAUGAUCCUUUCUGGAACCAGCUCAUCUCCUUCACCUUCAUCAGUCCCACCAGCAGUGGAGACUCCAAGUUACUGGAAGAGGCUGUCAUCCCUCUCGCCAAGAUCUUCAUUGAUAACAAUCCCAGAACGGGGAACUUUGGCGCUCUUGUUCGAGUUUUUCUGGGAAGAACCAAAGAGCUGAAAAUCUCAACAGAAUGCCAAGAUCAGCUGUUUAUCUGGCAGGCCCACAAUGCACUGUUCAUGAUUCGCUGCCUGCUCAAGGUGUUCAUCAGGGAGAUGAGCGAAGAGGAGCUGCACCUACAGUUCUCCUACCAGGAGAGGGCGCUAGGCUCCUGUGGAGAAACAGGCGGCGAGGACCUCCUGGAGGAGCUGUUGUCCAACCUGAUCCACCUGAUCGUAGAAGUGCCCCUGCUUGACAUCACCUAUAGCAUCCUAUUUGAAGCAGUGACCACGCUGCUGGUGUUCUUCUCCUACCAACUCUUCCACAAAGACAUCCUCCGAGAUGGAUUAAUCUACCAGCACAUCAUGAAGGGACGAUGUCUGCCUUUAACCAGUCGUCUGGUGAAGACCCUCCUCUAUAACUUCAUCAGGCAGGAGAAAUGUCCGCCUCCAUCAACCCACGUCUUUGAGCCAAAAGCUGAAGGAGGCCUGCUUUAUGGCCUGGCGUCAGGGGUGGCAAGUGGGCUGUGGAGUGUCUUCACAUUAGGUGGAGCCGGCAGCAAAGUAGGGAUAGACCAGGAGCACAACCCGUUACCGUUGUCCAAUCAGAGCCUUCUGUUACUGCUGGUCCUGGCCAAUCUGACAGAUGGGCCUGACUGGCCCAACCCCUACCGCCAGGCCAUCACUUGUUUCAGAAACACACAAGACACGUCGUCAUUGUCCGUGGAGCAACCUCACACGUUCCAGAUCAACUUCAACAGUCUGUACACGGCGCUGUGUGAGCAGCAGCGCUCCGACCAGGCCACGCUUCUGCUGUACACCCUCCUCCACCAGAACCCCAACAUGAGGACAUACAUGCUCUCCAGAACCGACAUGGACAAUCUGGUGUUACCCAUCCUGGAGAUCCUUUACCACGUGGAGGACAGAAAUUCUCAUCACGUCUACAUGGCCCUCAUUAUCCUUCUCAUCCUCACAGAGGACGACUCCUUCAACCGCUCCAUCCAUGAGGUGGUAUUGAAGAACGUCACGUGGUACUCGGAGAGAACGUUGACAGAGAUCUCGCUUGGCAGUUUGCUCAUCCUGGUGGUCAUCCGCACCAUCCAGUUCAACAUGACCCGGACAAGGGAUAAGUACCUCCACACCAACUGUCUUGCUGCACUUGCCAACAUGUCAGCCCAGUUUCGAUGUCUCCACCAGUACGCUGCCCAGCGCAUCAUCAGUUUGUUUGCUUUGCUUUCCAAAAAGCACAACAAGGUUUUGGAGCAGGCAACACAGUCUCUGAGAGGCAGACAGGGAGACAACACAGCCUUGCCCGACUAUGCCCAGGACCUGAAUGUGAUUGAGGAGGUGAUCCGCAUGAUGCUGGAAAUCAUCAACUCUUGCUUGUGCAGCUCUCUACACCACAACCCGAACCUGGUGUACGCGCUGCUCUACAAGAGGGAGCUCUUUGAGCAGUUCAGGACGCACCCGUCCUUCCAGGACAUCAUGAUGAACCUGGACACGGUGAUCGGCUUCUUCAGUCAGCGUCUGGAGCAGGCUGGAAGUGACCUGUCUGUCGAGAGGGUUCAGGAAGUCAUCAUGAAAGGAGCCCAGGCCCUGCCCACAGACAGACUGAAGAAGUUUCCGGAGCUCAAGUUUAAGUACGUGGAGGAAGACCAGCCGGAGGAUUUCUUCAUCCCUUACGUCUGGUCCCUGGUCUUCAACUCCGGAGUCGGCCUCAACUGGAGCCCGCAUGGCAUCGAGCUGUUCAGCAUGGACUCUGGCUGAAACACCUGCUGCAACAGACUUCCCUGUGUCUUCAUCCCCGUUCAGUAUAGGAAAAAAAAAAUAAGGACUGACGGCAUGUGUGUGAGUGUGUGAGUGCGUGUGUGUGUGUUUGGGUGGGUGGGUGUGUGCGCAUUGCCCUUUAUAGUAUGUGCACGCUGCUUUGAAAGUGCCUCGACCUUGUACAGACUGGUAUUUCUUUUUAUGCAGCACAACUUCUUUUCUCUUCUCAUAUCAUAAAAGAAUCCUCUGCUUCAACACUGUGGAGCUUCAUCUGUACUGGUUAACAGUUCACACAGUAGCGACCGCUUACCUGAGGUCAGUCCUGGAGGGAUUACCGAUUUAACACCUGAGCAGCUUCACCUGCUUCCACAGCACAUGCAGAGUUACAAGUCUUCUGUAAAAUGUUCUGUUAUUCUGAGGAGCUCAGGACACCGGCGUUGGAUAAUCCGUUUUUUUUUUUUCUUUCUUGCUUACAAAGAAAAGGUCAAUUAAAACACACGUACCUAAAUGUUACACUGCUCUGGUUAAUUUACUGCUGCACUGAACGCUAAGAAAUAGUAUCAACUUCAUAUUCAAGACCCACAACAUACAUUAAUGAAUAACUUAUAUGAUAUUGAGUUUUAACUAUCUCAUGAAUUUGCUUUUUAUUUUGACCAACAUUGUUCUCUGGAUACAAUUGGUUUGUAUAAAAUAUUUGUGUUUGUGAAAUAAAAUUUAGAUAAGGGUCAGAGAAAAGAAAGAAGGUGAUCACCAACAGAAAGUCUUCUGUUUUGUUGUAACAUGCAUGGAUUUCAGAUUUCAGUACAUCAGUGUUGCUUGAUGGCCCCUUUCCAAUAACCCACCUUAAAUUACACUAUAAUUAAGGCUUAAGUUCAGUUCCUGGAUAAUAUAAGCAGUCCACAUCGCUCUUGUUCAUGUGAUUUCCAUCUCGUUUAUGUGACUGUUGUGUCUUUAGUUGUUUCCUUUUUUUCUCCUGAUGCUAGGCAAGUACUCCAACUAGGAUAAGUCAUUGAACCUCAUGUCCUGUUGUGCAUAAUUACAGUUGAUUUGACUCUUUGAUUUGUAACUUUAUUUGCAUGUUUAACUAGAGACUUUGUAUUAAAUUAUUUAUUUUCAUGUAUAUGUUUUUCUUUUUUUUUUACAUUUUCAGCCCUCCCAAAUGUAAAUAGUAGUAUUACUUAAAUGACUACUACUAUGAAAGAAAAACGGUGGUACUCUACAUGAUUCUUCCCAGGGUGGAAAACUGGCUUUAUAUUAUUACAUAUAAUAUGACAACAUCUGUCAUUUUGUGGCGAUAUUACUUUGGAAAUAGGAGUUUAAAUAAAAAUAUGAA